AUGUUGUUUAUUUUUGUGAUUCCAGGGGAAGACGGUAUCGAAGGUUCGGGACCUGGUACGGAGCUCCAGGCUGAAGAAGGAGAAUGUGUAGAUGAGGAUGGCCCUAUUAGUCCCAAUGAAAGAAAUUGCCCACCAGCAGCAGCCAAAGAGGAUGACGAAGCUGACGCUACUGAUGACGAAGAUUCAGCACCUAGUCCAUCAACGCCCCCGCCCUCUGUCUCAUCAAGGUUAAAUCCUAUUGCCCUCCGAGAUACUGGACCUCCCGACAGGGAGCCAAUGAGUCCACGUUGCCCCUCAAGAGACUCUAGGGAAUCAUCUGGACCUGCAGCUGGAAGUCCCCCGCCUCUGGUGAAUCGCAGUAGUGCGAGUCCACUCAGCCCCGGCAGUAUAGUGCCUCUGGCAGGACACCCUCUACUGCCUUCGCAUUCCGCGGCCGUGAUGGCGGCCUACAUCCAACAAACCCACCAGCGACUGUUACUGGGCCACUCACCGCUCUCAGCAAGAGGCUCAGUAUCUCCCCUUGUCACCUCCUCGUGUUCGCCUCCUGCCGCGACUCCUGGUCUUCUCGUCUCACCCACAAGUGGCGAUGUGUCGCCCACCGCGACUCCACUCCCUGGAGUCCUGGAUUUUAGCACGCGGAAAGUUUCAUCCGAAGAUGAAGAAGAGCACAUUCUUAACCUGAGCAAACCUCCUACACCCUCGUCUUCCAGCGAAACGAACAAUGGGCCCCUUGAUCUCUCGGUUUCCAGUCGAAAACGACCGACUCACGAGGAAGAUUCCCCGCCUCCACCUCCGCGGAAGUCGUCAAGACUUGGAACGAUAGCUUCAGCACACCAAGAAUCUGCAUCAGCAGGUGCCUUCGGUAGGCCGCCGGUUGUCUCACCUUGGAGUUCCCCCGUCGUAGCAUCUCACUUUCCAUACUUUGCUGCUGCAGUUGCGGCGGCUACUAGUCAGCAACAGCUUUCCCCCAAGAGCACGCCGGGUAUUGUCGACCAUCACCAGUUAUGGAACGGGAAAAUGAAGCCUCCAGCAGCACUUGACAAACCGUACCAACCUAGCGAAGCCACCAAGGCGCUAGAGAAAAUGAGCGAGCUCAGCAAACUUGGUGGAGAUGAACUCUACAGGCCGACCGGUGGCGUAGGAUCUGGUGGAAGUUCCACUGGGAGCACGCCCAGUGGUGCUUCAGGAAGCCGUCACAGUGCUUGGCAGUCCCAUUGGCUAAACAAAGGCGCUGAUCAGGCUAAAGACGUCCUCAAGUGUGUGUGGUGCAAACAGAGUUUCCCGACUCUUGCGGCAAUGACCACGCACAUGAAAGAAGCCAAGCAUUGCGGAGUCAACAUGCCGGUACCACCUCCAUCAGGGUUACAUUCUCACGCUUCUAAUCUGCAAUCGCUUCCGACUUCGCAGCAUCAACAGCAACAGCAACAACAUCAACAUCAACAUCAAUCACUAAAUAGCUCCGGAAGUGGCAGCAACAAUAGCCACACGACACCCAGUAAACAGAGUCCAUCGGAAUUGAAUUUGCUGAUCAAGGAGACAAUGCCUCUUCCAAGGAAACUUGUUAGAGGACAGGAUGUUUGGUUGGGGAAGGGCGCAGAGCAGACGAGGCAGAUUCUCAAGUGUAUGUGGUGCGGGCAAAGCUUCCGAUCCUUGGCGGAGAUGACCUCGCAUAUGCAGCAGACUCAGCACUACACCAACAUUAUUUCCCAGGAGCAAAUAAUCUCGUGGAAGUCAUCUGAUGACGGCAAGGGAGGCAGCGGUCCUGGAAGCGGAAUGGGAAGCGGUGGAACAGGUCCUGGAAGUGGAAUGCCACCUAGUGGUGGACAGCAUGGAAGUACUCCUGGAGGUCCUGGAAGUGUAGGUGGAGCUACCAGCAGCCAUGUCAGCGCGGUGUUGACUUGCAAAGUAUGUGACCAGGCGUUCAGUUCGCUGAAAGAACUGAGCAAUCAUAUGGUGAAGAAUUCUCACUACAAGGAACACAUUAUGCGUUCGAUAACCGAAAGUGGCGGGCGUCGAAGACAGACUCGCGAGAAAAGGAAAAAGUCCCUGCCAGUGAGGAAAUUGUUGGAGCUUGAGCGGGCGCAGAAUGAAUUCAAGAACGGAGAUACUACAACUGGAUUAGCACACAGUUUAGUGAAGCACCCUAGUCGAAUAACUUGUGAAAAGUGCGGGGACAAGAUAGAAACGUCUGUGCUUGUGGAGCACAUACGGCAGUGCAUCGGUGCUGGCACCGUUGGAAUAAACCAGCGUAACUUCUUGAAAUCCGCGCUGAUGUCGAAUAACAUGUCCCAAGUGUUACCCGUCAUUGAGAGCGGCCGGAAAAGUGUCAAUGAAGACGCCUCCUCAGUCUCCUCCCGACAUCAUCGAUCUCCCUCUUCUGCGAGUGACACCACUACUCCGGGGAAAGAUACUCCAACUCCCAGUGCCAACGAGUCAACUACCACAUCUUCACCGUCGGUAUUAAAUGCUAUCGAGAAGUUGAUUGAAAAAAGCUUUGAUUCUCGAGGUCGUCAUGGAGGUACUGGGCAUCAUCAUAAUCAGCCUGGGGCGCCGAUUGGAUCCAGUAUUCUCAAACGUUUGGGAAUUGACGAAAGCGUAGACUACACUAAGCCGCUGGUCGAUCCGCAGACGAUGAACCUCCUCAGGAGCUAUCAGCAGCAGCAAUAUAAUGCUGCCGCGAUAGCAGCGAGACGAGAGAGAAGUGGCAGUGAAUCCAGUUCGAUAUCGGAACGGGGAAGUACUCGCACCGACACGAUGACUCCCGAAAGACGGCUGGACCUUUCUGUCAACCAGGACAGACAUUCCUCUGCUUCUUCGUCUCAUCGUCAUCGUUCACCGGAAAAACAAACGACGCCAAGCAGGCAUUCAGUUCCCGAGGAAUCUGGCGAUGAGGAAGUCGUUGUCAAAAAAGAGCCUAAGGAUGAAGACGCUGAGCCGUCUGCUCCUGAAGAAGAGCCGCCCAGAGAAGUUGUUGUCAAAAAAGAAGUCGAGGAUUCAAGAGAUGAAGAAGAACCAACGACUCCUUACAAUUGUCACGGGCAGAAUAAUACAGAGACUGCUUCCGAAGAACCCAGGGAACCUUCCCCCCAGUUGAACCCGCCAACCCCACGAUCCACCGGCACUGGGGAGCAGUCCCACAACCAGGUGGCGCGCAGUCCUUGCAGGAAUAGUACGAGCAGUCCAGCUAGCAGCGAUCGUUCGGUGACACCUCGUGGUACUCCUGACACCAAAACUUCUAGUAGUCUAGGUGCUUUGUCCUCGAUGUUCGACAGCCUUUCGGGUGGGGGCGGCACAGGAGGCAAUUCUGAGACCCAGGGGCGCAAAACUAGCAGUCAUCCGUUGGCAGCUUUGCAGAAACUUUGCGACAAGACAGAAACACGCGGCCCAUCAGUAGCCAGUGGGUCGAGGUCUGGGCACAGUUCGUCUCAGCAACACGCAAGUGGCAGCACUAGUACGGCAACUUCCAGCCAAGGAGCGGGGCCAACUCCCGGAGCGAUUUUGGCCUUCAGUUGGGCCUGCAACGACGCAGUGGUCACUGCAGACUCUAUCAUGAAAUGCGCAUUUUGCGACACGCCAUUCAUUUCUAAAGGCGCAUACAGGCAUCACUUGUCGAAGAUGCAUUUCGUCAAAGACGGCAUGAUCCCUGAUCCGUUGACGAUUGGACGUUCUGCCGCGGCGGCAGCUGCAGCAGCUGCGGCAGCGUUAGCGGCGAGUCAACCAUCCUCAGGCGGAGCUAGUACCCAUAGCGGAUCUUCACCACCCAGUUCGCAGAGAAAGUCUCCACCUGUUCCGCAAGCGAAUGGAAGUCCCUCUCAGGCGGCGACUUCUCCUCUGGAGGAGAGCCCGCACUCAAAGUUUCUCAAGUAUACGGAGCUGGCGAAGCAAUUAUCCAGCAAAUACGUAUAG